AUGACGCUGUGGAAGCUUCUCGGAGCUGGCGGCCUGCUGCUGGCAGGCCUGAGCAGCAGUGCGACAGCAGAGCCAUUCACGCCCAAGCAUGAAGCCGGACGAUGCGCCAUGCGCGGCCACUGCGGCUCCAAGAGCUUCUUUGGCAAGCAACUGCCAUGCCCCGACAACGGCCUGGCCGAGGAACCCGACGAGAAGCUGCGCCAGGAAAUCGUCGAUCUUUGCGGAGAGAAAUGGAAAUCCGGUCCCGUCUGUUGCGAUGCUGAGCAGGUCAAGUCCCUCGCCUCCGAACUUGGCACCCCGAAGCAGAUCAUCUCCUCUUGCCCGGCUUGCAAGGAGAACUUCUUCAACUUAUUCUGCACCUUUACCUGCUCCCCCGACCAGUCUCUUUUCUUGAACAUCACAAAGACUCAGGAGAAGAACAAGAAGACCAUGGUGACGGAACUGGACCAGUUGAUCUCAAAGGAUUACGGCACUGGCUUUUUUGACAGCUGUAAGGAGGUCAAGUUUGGACCCUCCAACUCGAGGGCCAUAGACUUCAUUGGCGGUGGCGCAAAGAACUACACCCAGCUGCUCAAGUUCUUGGGAGACGAGAAGGUUAUUGGAUCUCCCUUUCAAAUUAACUUUCCCACCGAGUACAGCGAGCCCGGCAUGGCGCCCCGCGACCUGAAGUCCAAGAGGUGCAACGACGAGGACCCCAACUACCGCUGUGCAUGCGUCGACUGCCCGUCCGUGUGCCCAGAGCUCCCUGCGGUCUCGAGGCCCGGCGAGUGCCACGUUGGCGUUCUGCCUUGCCUCUCAUUUGCUGCCAUCUUUACCUAUAGCGUUCUGCUGUUCGCUGCUGUCGCUGGGGUCAUCGGGCACAUUGCCUGGAGACGCCGUGCCAGAAGAGAGAGUGAGCGCCUCAGGCUGCUUCAAGACGCGUCGCCUAGUGACGACGAGGACGAGGGCGACUUGGUUCAGAACGGUGCCAUGUUUGACCGUCCUCAGCGGUACUACAAGAUCAACACCUGGUGCGAUGCGGCUUUCAGCAAGCUGGGACACGCAGCGGCACGCUACCAGGGAAUUACCAUUGGCGUUACUCUCAUCUUUGUCAUCAUUCUCAGCGCUGGAUGGGUCAGGUUCGACCUUGAACGGGACCCUGCGCGUCUCUGGGUCAGCCCUACCUCUGCUGCUGCGCAGGAAAAGGCCUUCUUCGAUGACCAGUUCGGUCCCUUUUACCGUGCCGAGAAGGCGUUCCUGGUUAACGACCAGCACUCCAAGGAACCCGCCCCUGUUCUUAGCUACGACACGCUGCUUUGGUGGAUGGACGUCGAGAAGAGUGUUAAGCAGCUGAAGAGCGCCAAGUUCGGCGCCACUCUUGAUGACAUUUGCUUGAAGCCCACUGGCAACGCCUGUGUUGUCCAGUCCGUUGCGGCCUACUACGGUGACGAACCCUCGCUCGUCGGCAAGAACGACUGGCAGAACCAGCUUCGGCAGUGCGCGAAGUCGCCCGUCGAGUGUCGCCCCGAAUUUGGCCUGCCCAUCGAGCCCAACAUGAUCCUGGGCGGUUACAAGGACGACCCCGUCAACGCCACAGCCAUGACCGUCACUUGGGUCGUUAAGAAUGCAGCUGAAGGCAGUCCUGCUGUUGAGCACGCCAUUGACUGGGAGAUUGCACUACGGGACCGUCUUCUGGAGGCUCAGCGGGAGGCCCAAGACCGUGGUCUCCGCCUGUCCUUCUCCACCGAGAUCAGUUUGGAGCAGGAGCUGAACAAGUCCACCAACACUGACGCCAAGAUCGUCAUUAUCAGCUACAUCAUCAUGUUCAUCUACGCAUCUCUGGCUCUUGGAUCCACUACGCUGUCGUUCCGGGAUAUGAUUAGGAACCCAGCUGUUGCCUUGGUUCAGUCCAAGUUUUCCCUCGGUGUUGUUGGUAUUUUGAUUGUUCUCAUGUCCAUUAGCGCCUCUAUCGGUCUCUUCUCUUGGUUUGGCCUCAAGGCUACGCUCAUCAUCGCCGAGGUCAUUCCUUUCAUCGUCCUUGCCGUCGGUGUUGACAACAUCUUUUUGAUUGUCCACGAGUUUGAGCGAGUCAACAUCAGCCAUCCCGACGAAAUGGUUGAGGAGCGGAUUGCCAAGGCACUGGGCCGCAUGGGGCCGUCCAUCCUUCUGUCGGCCCUGACCGAAACUGUCGCCUUUGCUCUUGGAACCUUUGUUGGUAUGCCUGCGGUGCGCAACUUUGCCGCCUACGCCGCGGGCGCCGUCUUUAUCAACGCAAUCCUCCAGAUCACGCUGUUCGUGUCCUUCCUGGCCAUGAACCAGAUCCGUGUCGAGGACCACCGGGCAGACUGCAUUCCCUGUCUCCAAGUCAAGGCUGCUCGGGUCCACCUCAGCGGCAGCAACGGAAACGCGAAUGCCCGAUUCUAUGAAGUGCCGGAGGAAAGUUGGCUGCAGCAGUUCAUCCGUAGGACGUACGCCCCCGCCAUUCUCGCAAAGAAGGCCAAGGCCAUCAUCAUCGCCAUCUUCCUCGGCUUCUUUGCCGCCGGCCUUGCGCUCCUCCCCGAAGUCCAGCUCGGCCUGGACCAGCGUGUUGCCAUCCCCGACGGGUCCUACCUCAUCCCCUACUUCAACGAUCUCUACAAGUACAUGGAGACUGGGCCGCCCGUCUACUUUGUCACCAGGGGAUUCAACGCCACCGCACGCAAGAACCAACGCGAGAUCUGCGCCAGGUUCACCACGUGCGACCAGUUCUCUCUCGCCAACAUCCUGGAGGGAGAGAGAAAGCGACCUGAGGUCUCGUACAUCUCCUCGCCCGCUGCCAGCUGGAUCGAUGACUACUUCCUGUGGCUCAACCCUGACCUGGGCGACUCGUGCUGCGUGGAGAACGGCAAGGCAUGCUUUGCUGACCGUAACCCACCCUGGAACAUCACCCUGUCCGGCAUGCCCCAGGAUGGCGAGUUCAUCCACUACCUCGAAAAGUUCCUCAAGGCGCCUACGAAUGACGACUGCCCGCUAGGCGGCCAAGCGUCAUAUGGCAAUGCUGUGGUUAUUGACACAAAGGAGGACACAAUCCCCGCCAGCCAUUUCAGGACGAUGCACACGCCGCUGCGCAGCCAGGAGGACUUCAUCAACGCCAUGUCGGCUGCGCGAAGAAUCGCGGACGACAUCAGUCGCUCGACGGGCGCCGACGUGUUCCCCUACAGUCUCUUUUACAUCUUCUUCGACCAAUAUGCCAGCAUUGUGUCGCUGACGGCCACGCUCCUCGGGUCGGCGGUGGCAAUCAUCUUUGUCAUUGCGUCGAUCCUGUUGGGAUCUCUGAUGACGGCCUUGGUUGUCACAGUCACGGUCUGCAUGACUGUCGUGGACAUCAUUGGGGCGAUGGCCGUGUUUGGCGUCUCGCUCAACGCGGUGUCGCUCGUCAACCUCAUCAUCUGCGUCGGUAUCGGCGUGGAGUUCUGCGCUCAUAUCGCGAGGGCCUUCAUGUUCCCCUCGCGCACCGUCAUGGAGCGCGCCAAGAACCGCUUCCGCGGACGCGACGCGCGCGCCUGGACGGCACUGGUCAACGUGGGAAGCUCCGUCUUCUCGGGUAUCACGGUCACCAAGCUUCUGGGCGUCUUCGUGCUUGCCUUUACGAGGUCCAAGAUCUUUGAGAUUUACUAUUUCCGGGUAUGGCUGGCGCUUGUCGUCUUCGCGGGCACGCACGCGCUCAUCUUCCUGCCCGUUGCGCUGAGCCUGUUCGGCGGAGAGGGAUACGUGGACCCGGAGAGCGAGGGUGGCAUCGAGGAGGACCUCGCCAGCCGGAGAUACCGCGCUCUCGUGCCCGACGAGGACACGGACUCGGACGAUGACUACUAA